AUGGUUACCGCCGUACCAGCAGCCCCGCCCUAUAGCGUGCCCGUCGGCGAGACCAAGCUCUUGUCCAAAGCCAACGUCCGUCCUAUCUUGUUCUGCUCCCUCGCCGUCAUCGGUGCCAUCCUGUACGGUUACGAUGGUACCUACUUCACCGGUAUCCUCGAGAUGGACCGCUUCAAGCGCGAUUUCGGUGUCAUCAAUCAAGAUGGCGAGUAUUACAUUCCGUCCACCGACCAGUCGCUCUACGCUUCCAUCGUUCAGGCAGGUGAAGUCGUUGGUUCGCUCCUUGCUGCGCCUCUCGGUGAUUACGUCGGUCGAAGAGGUGGAUUCUUUGGCGCAUGCACCCUUGUCACCAUCGGUGUUAUUCUUCAGCUCGUCACCAUCGGAUCGAAAGCGCUGCUCACGCUCGGUCGAGGUGUGCUCGGAGCCGGUGUUGGUGUCAUUUCCAACUGCACGCCCCUGUACCUCUCUGAAAUCGCCCCUACCGCCAUCCGUGGAGCCAUCGUUUCGUCAUGGCAGCUCAUGCUCGCCAUCGGUCAGGUCAUUGGUGCUUGCAUCGCCCAAGGAACCAAGGAUAUCGACUCGACCUGGUCGUACCGCAUCCCUAUCAUCUUUAACCUCUUCUUUGUUGCCAUCCUCGUCACUGCCCAGUUCAUCAUCCCCGAAUCGCCACGUUGGCUCAUCCAAAAGAACCGCGAUGAGAAGGCCCUCGCUGCUCUCAAGCGUGUCAACAAGGGCCAGCGCGACGAAGUGCGCGACAAGGUCAUCUCUCUCGAGUACAACGCAUUCCGCCAAGCGCGCCAGGACGAACUCGAGCUCUCGGGCGAAGGAGGUUGGAAGUCGCUCAUGCAGGGCGUUGAGCUGCGCAAGUUCGCUUGCGUUCUCGGAAUCUUGAUCGGCCAGCAGAUUGGAGGUGUCCAAUUCAUCUUCUCGUACACUGUCACUUUUAUGACUGCCGUCGGCCUCAAGGACGCAUUUAUCAUCACCAUCAUCGUCGAUGUCAUCGAGGUCGUGGGCGUCCUCUGCUCCUUCCUCCUCGUCAACCGCUUCGGUCGUCGUCCUUUGAUCCUCUGGACCUCGAUUCCCAUGUUUAUCGCGCUUUUCGUCGUCGCCGGUAUCGGCACCAAGGGCCUUCCUCCUCGCGGCGAGUCCCUCCCUUAUCCUGGUGUCAUCAGCGUCACCGAAGGUCGCACCAUCGCCGCAAUGAUCUGCAUCUACGUCUUCUUUUUUAACCUUGCUUGGGGACCUCUGGCUUGGGUAGUAGCAAGCGAACUGGCUGUAGGCAAGAACCGCAGCAAAAUCAUGUCGGUUGGUACUGCUUGCUUCUGGAUCGUCGCGUGGGCCGUUACUUUCACCCUGCCUUACUUGUUCUACAACGCCGGUCUCGGUGCACAAAUAGGAUGGAUCUACGGUGUCGGCACCCUCAUCGCUAUGACGUUCGUCUACUUUUAUAUUCCGGAGACCUUCGGCCGCUCGCUGGAGGAGAUCAACGAGAUGCUCGAGGCACGCGUUCCUACGCGCAAGUGGACCACCUACAUGACGCAACAGGAGCGUCAGCUCGUCGACCAGAGUCGUCACAUGGACGACGAGUCUACGUCAGCUACCAACCCUACCGACCUCUCGCCCACUGCAUCCAAGGGUGACGACAAGAAGCUCGAUGCCAAGACUGGGUCUGCCAUUGACUCGCAAGACCGCAACCCAACGCGUCUUGGCACCAGCGAUGUGGAAAGCGCAUAG